GCAUCACCUGCAUCACCUGCAUCAUCUGUAUCUGCAUCAUCUGCAUCAUCUGCAUCACCUGCAUCACCUGCAUCAUCUGUAUCUGCAUCAUCUGCAUCAUCUGCAUCACCUGCAUCACCUGCAUCAUCUGUAUCUGCAUCAUCUGCAUCAUCUGCAUCACCUGCAUCACCUGCAUCAUCUGUAUCUGCAUCAUCUGCAUCAUCUGCAUCACCUGCAUCACCUGCAUCAUCUGUAUCUGCAUCAUCUGCAUCAUCUGCAUCACCUGCAUCACCUGCAUCAUCUGUAUCUGCAUCAUCUGCAUCAUCUGCAUCACCUGCAUCACCUGCAUCAUCUAUGUCCCAGCAGAUCCUGUUGGGGCAGUUAAAGGUGAAAACAUCGGAGUUUGCGGGCUCUGCCUGCCUCCUCUGCUGCCGGAGCGAGCCGGGGGCUCUCUGCAAGCUCUCAGAGAAAGCCUGUAAACUCCUUAAACUACCGGAGGGGAGAUUUAGCUCAGGAACAUUAAUAGAGGAAUGCAUUGUUCUUAAGGUACAGCUCUGUAUCAGCGAGCUGGGGAUGCUGAGAGCUCAGCACAGCCCAGCUCAGCUCCUGCUGCACCAGAUCCACACAUCAGUGCACGGACACUCCCCCGCGCCCGGGGGCUCGCUUACCGCGUUCCCCCCCACCCGCGAUCCCGGGCCCCGCGGAUCUCCCCCUGACCUUUCUGCUGCGUAG